AUGCGUCGAAGUUUAGCACCAAGUACCGUUGUCAAACAAUUGAAUAGUACACGAAACAGUCGAUCGGAUGAUGACGCAGAUGAUAUUGAUUAUGCUGAAAAUGAAGAUAAUGACGAUUAUGGUGAAGAUGAUGGUAAAUCAAAAAAACGAAAACGAAAAGAACCAAAAAUGAGGAAACCAUCAAAAAAUGCCAAUAUAUCCAAUAAAGGUUAUGACACCAGUCAAUUUUUAAAUCCAUUUCGAAAAGCACUCAUGCCUAUAACAAAUGAAAAAAUAUCGUUCACACCAAACGUAGUAUCCGAAAGUGUCAGUGAUCAUGAAUUUUUUAUUCGAAUGUUGUUGGCGCGACCAUUCAAAAUACCAAUACCAAAUUAUAAAGGUCCACUUGGCGGAAGAGGACUAGGUGUACGACGACAAGGUGGUCGACAAUCAUUACAUGAUCCUGAUGAAGAAAAUGCACUUAUUCUAUAUGCACCACCAGAAAUGAGUGCCGAAGAAAAAUUAAAAGUUGAUCUAGAAAAAGUUCAAGUGCACGUUGUUGUCGAUCCGAUUUUAUCAAAAUUAUUACGACCACAUCAACGAGAAGGUGUCAAAUUUUUAUACGAUUCUGUCACUGGUGUACAAAUUCCAGACAACUUUGGCUGUAUAAUGGCUGAUGAAAUGGGUUUGGGAAAAACUCUGCAAUGUAUUACAUUAUUAUGGACGUUACUGACUCAAAGUCCAGAUUGCAAACCAAUGAUAACAAAAGCCAUUAUUGUCACACCCAGUAGUUUAGUUAAAAACUGGGAUAAAGAAAUAGCUAAAUGGUUGCAUGGACGAUUAUCAGCAUUAACAAUCGAUUCUGGCACAAAAGCUGAAAUUGAACAUAAACUAAAACAAUUUAUGUUACAUCAAGGACGUCGAAGUGCAAAUCCCGUUUUAAUAAUAUCAUAUGAAACGUUUCGUGCACACAUCAACGUUUUGCAUAAAGGAUCGGUCGGUCUUAUUAUCUGUGAUGAAGGACAUCGAUUGAAAAAUGCGGAAAAUCAAACAUAUGAUGCACUAUUCAAACUUGAUUGUAAACGACGUGUUUUAUUAUCUGGCACACCAAUUCAAAAUGAUUUACUGGAAUAUUUUAGUUUAAUUCAUUUUGUUAAUGGUGGAAUAUUAGGUACGGCAGCUGAAUUUCGUAAACGAUUUGAAAAUCCUAUACGCCGUGGUCGUGAUGCAAAUGCAUCGGAUGUUGAACAUAGUUUAGCUCAAGAAAAAUUACAAGAAUUAGCUACACUUGUUAAUCGUUGUAUUAUUCGUCGUACACAAAUAUUGUUAACAAAAUAUUUACCAGUCAAAAUUGAACAAGUUUUGUGUUGUCGUCUAAUGCCUUUACAAACGGAAUUGUAUAAAAAAUUUGUUGAAACAGGUGUAUCUGAAUUAGGCAAAUCUGGUAAAUUAUCACAAUCGGCAUUAUCAGUUAUUACAAGUUUGAAAAAAUUAUGCAAUCGUACGUAGGAUUGUGUUUGACGAAGAAAUGAUAAAGUUUAUUCUGAAUUGGUUUAAGCUUUAAUCUUGAACCAGAACGAAAUCGAGAAUAUAAAUUCCCAUUAUAUCAUUCUGAAACUUAAACUAUCAAAACACAAAAUCAAUCCUUGCACGAAGCUAGGAUCGAACACA